AUGUGGCUUCAACUGACGCUGGCAGUGCUCUGCUGGAAUUCAGCGAUUGCUGAUAUCGAUAGACGCCGGAACUCAAAUCCUACUUAUUACAAUGUUGGUGGGGUGCUAUCAAGUAACGAGUCGGUUGCAUUCUUCAAAGAUACAAUAUCUAAUCUAAACUUCAAGGAUAAGUAUGUGCCUCGCGGUGUGACCUACCAUGAUUACUCAAUCUUGAUGGACCCUAAUCCAAUUAUGACAGCGCUUAAUGUCUGUAAGGAUCUCAUAGCUCAUCGGGUUUACGCAGUAAUAGUAUCCCAUCCAAUAACAGGCGACCUCUCACCCGCUGCAGUAUCUUACACCAGCGGUUUCUACCAUAUACCGGUUAUUGGGAUUUCUUCAAGGGACUCGGCAUUUUCCGACAAAAAUAUUCAUGUAUCAUUUCUACGUACCGUACCGCCGUACUCCCAUCAGGCUGACGUGUGGGUGGAUGUUCUUAAACAUUUCAAUUACAUGAAAGUUAUUGUUAUACACAGCUCCGAUACGGAUGGUAGAGCCAUCUUGGGACGAUUUCAAACAACAUCACAAAGUGUAGACGAAGAUGUUGACAGAAAAGUUGUCGUUGAACAGGUGAUUGAAUUUGAACCAGGAUUAGACUCGUUUAACGAGAAACUUAUUGAUGUCAGAAGUGCACAAGCUAGAGUAUUUCUUAUGUAUGCAAGUAAAACAGAUGCCGAGAUAAUCUUCCGUGAUGCAACGUACAUGAACAUGACUACAUCUGGCUACGUCUGGAUGGUCACCGAACAAGCAUUAGAUGCCGCUAAUGCUCCUGAGGGACUUCUGGGAUUAAGGCUGGUAAACGCCACAAAUGAACACGCUCAUAUACAGGAUUCUAUAUAUGUCCUAGCAUCAGCAAUACGCGAAAUGAACAAAACUGAAGAGAUAAACGCUCCACCAUCGGAUUGUGACAAUUCUGGCUCGAUAUGGCAGACUGGACAGGUUCUUUUUGAUUAUAUAAGGAGGCAAAGGUUAGAGAAUGGUGCUACUGGGCAUGUGGCCUUUGAUGACCAUGGCGAUAGAGUCCAUGCGGAGUACGACAUGGUCAAUAUAAGAGCGGAAGGCGAGCAUGUGGCAGUUGGAAAAUAUUUUUAUUCUAAGGAAACUCAAAAAAUGCGCCUCGAACUGAAGGAACACGAAAUCAUAUGGAUGGGACGCAGCUCUUCUAAGCCUGAAGGAUUUAUGAUUCCGACACAUUUGAAGGUAGUAACUAUAGAAGAGAAACCUUUUGUAUACGCCCGUCGAGUUGAUGAUAUUCUCGAUUGUACUAGUGAAGAAAUCCCUUGUCCACAUUUCAAUAUUAGCGAGGAAGCUGAUCAAUUGUACUGCUGCAAGGGGUUCUGUAUGGACCUUCUAACGUAUUUGUCACGAGCCAUAAACUUUACAUUCUCGUUAGCAUUAUCCCCUGAUGGUCAGUUCGGGUCUUAUGCUUUUAAGAAUAUCUCUCAACCAGGAUCGAAGAAGGAAUGGACUGGACUCAUUGGCGAAUUAGUCUAUGAACGCGCUGAUAUGAUCGUUGCGCCGUUGACAAUAAAUCCCGAACGUGCUGAAUUCAUUGAGUUUAGCAAACCAUUCAAAUAUCAAGGCAUUACUAUUUUGGAAAAAAAGCCAUCAAGAUCAUCGACGCUUGUGUCAUUCUUGCAACCAUUUUCAAAUACAUUAUGGAUUUUGGUGAUGGUAUCGGUUCACGUUGUGGCCUUAGUACUUUACUUGUUGGAUAGAUUCUCACCAUUCGGUCGGUUUAAAUUGGCUAAUAUUGAUGGUACUGAGGAGGAUGCAUUGAACUUAUCCAGUGCGAUUUGGUUUGCGUGGGGAGUUUUACUCAACAGUGGAAUUGGAGAAGGAACUCCCCGCAGUUUCUCCGCCCGCGUGUUAGGUAUGGUAUGGGCCGGUUUUGCGAUGAUCAUAGUCGCAUCAUACACAGCUAAUUUGGCUGCUUUCCUCGUGCUUGAAAGGCCCAAAACUAAGUUAAGUGGCAUUAAUGACGCAAGGCUUCGUAAUACAAUGGAGAACUUGACAUGCGCUACAGUGAAAGGUUCGGCUGUGGACAUGUACUUCCGUCGGCAAGUGGAAUUGUCGAAUAUGUAUCGUACUAUGGAAGCCAAUAACUAUGACAAUGCUGAACUGGCUAUUCAAGAUGUUAAGGACGGGAAGUUAAUGGCGUUCAUUUGGGAUUCUUCACGUCUAGAAUUUGAAGCUGCGCAGGAUUGCGAACUUGUGACCGCUGGGGAACUGUUCGGGAGGUCAGGCUAUGGGGUCGGACUGCAAAAGGGAUCCCCAUGGGCCGAUUUAGUUACACUGGCGAUAUUGGACUUUCAUGAAAGCGGUAUAAUGGAAUCGUUCGACAACAAGUGGAUAUUACAAAACAACAUGUUAAAUUGCGAGGAAAACGAAAAAACGCCAAACACUUUGGGUUUAAAAAACAUGGCGGGCGUAUUUAUAUUGGUACUAGCUGGUAUAAUCGGCGGAAUCGUACUCAUUGUCAUAGAAGUCGUGUAUAAAAAGCAUCAAAUAAAGAAACAGAAGAGAAUGGAAAUAGCACGACACGCGGCCGAUCGCUGGCGUGGCGCAGUCGAGAAGCGAAAGACAUUACGAGCGGCAAUAUUACCAUCACAGAGGCGUGCCAAAUCAAAUGGUUUGAAGGAAGCUGGGAGUAUUAGUCUCGUUGUUGAUAGAGGAGCUAGAAGAAGGGACGAAGUGCCACGUAUACCACGUUACAGUCCCGCCUACACUCCCGAUGUAUCCCAUCUAGUCAUAUAA